UGAGUGCGCUUCAGUCAGCAGAAGGCCAGAAGACGCGGUACCGCAGCAAUCAGCGGAAUCCCGCUUUCACUCGCUCUCCUCCUCCCCCCUGCUCUCUCUCUCUCUCUCUCUCUCUCAGAUAUACUGUACAGUACGGCGUGUCUUACUCAGCGUGUGAACGCACAUUUUCUUCUCUCUCGCCUCAUUGGAUCACAGCGCAAUAGGCUGAAUGUAUGCAGUGCGCGCCAUCUGUUAUACUUCAGCACAAACCGCGGCUGGCUCAGGCGCAUGUGAAUGGGUCUCUUCUUGUCGCUUUUGCUAGUGUUUCGCAGGCCGUUUCGUUCAGACUGAGGGGUGUUGUUUUCGAACCAUGGCUGUGCUGCAUCCCCGCAGGAGGAGAGACGCGCUGGUCUGGCUGCUGCCUGGACUGCUCGGAGUAUGCAUGGCAUUCGGACCCAGUAAAGCUGAGGAGGAUGAUUAUGAGGAUGUUCCCAUAAAUAAAACUUGGGUUUUAUCCCCAAAGGUUUAUGACAGUGAUGUCACCCUCAUCUUGAAUAAAUUACUGCAGGGCUAUGACAACAAACUGCGACCAGACAUUGGAGUAAGACCCACUGUCAUCGAGACAGCCGUGUAUGUGAACAGCAUAGGCCCAGUGGAUCCCAUCAACAUGGAGUACACCAUAGAUAUCUUCUUUGCUCAGACAUGGUAUGACAGCCGGCUCAAGUUUAACAGCAGCAUGAAGCUCCUCAUGCUAAACAGCAACAUGGUGGGAAAGAUCUGGAUCCCUGAUACGUUUUUCCGCAACUCCCGGAAAUCUGAUGCCCACUGGAUCACUACACCCAACCGACUUCUGCGCCUUUGGAGCAAUGGACGUGUAAUGUACACUCUGAGGUUGACUAUUAAUGCGGAAUGCUACCUUAAGCUGCAUAACUUUCCUAUGGAUGAACAUUCGUGUCCGCUGGAGUUUUCAAGCUAUGGGUAUCCAAAAAAUGAGAUCCAGUAUAGAUGGCAGCGUCGCGCUGUUGAGGUAGCUGACCAGAGGUACUGGAGACUUUACCAGUUUGCCUUUGUUGGCCUGCGCAACACAUCUGAUGUGGCACAUACACAGUCUGGGGAGUAUGUGAUUAUGACUAUCUUCUUUGAUCUGAGCCGGAGAAUGGGCUACUUCACCAUCCAGACCUACAUCCCAUGCAGCAUGAUUGUAGUGCUGUCCUGGGUUUCCUUCUGGAUCAACAAAGACGCUGUGCCUGCCCGAACAUCUUUAGGUAUCACAACUGUCCUUACUAUGACAACCCUAAGCACCAUAUCCAGGAAGUCAUUGCCGAAAGUGUCUUAUGUGACAGCCAUGGAUUUGUUUGUGUCUGUUUGCUUCAUCUUCACCUUUGCUGCACUUAUGGAGUAUGGAACACUGCACUACUUCACCAGUAACCGUCAGAACAAGAAAACCAAGUCGAGCAGUGCACCGAAAUCAAGCAUGGCGAACAUCAGACCAGGGACGUCUCUGCUCCAGAUGAACAACAUUGCGCCUUAUGAUGAUGAUGAUUACGCAUACGAGUGUCUGGAUGGGAAAGACUGCACAAGUUUUUUCUGCUGCUUUGAUGACUGUCGCUCAGGGGCAUGGCGUGAAAACAGGAUGCACGUUCAUGUGUCCAAAAUUGACUCCUACUCCAGAAUAUUCUUCCCAACUGCUUUUGGCCUCUUCAACCUUGUGUACUGGAUUGGGUACCUCUAUCUCAUAUAAAGAUAUGGUGUGAGUGAGGCUUGGACUCAUUUGAAAUCUAAGAAAUAUUUGAAAAUCAUUUGUAACUUUCCCUUCCUCUCGAUACUGUAUAAGAGUGGGUUUAUAAGAGCCACCCACCAGUGGUGUCUUCAUUCUUUGAUAUGAUGUAUUUUACUAGGUGAGAAUGUGUUAGUGAAGAAAAGAAAGACGAGGUGCAUGUGACAUGUUAGACGUUAUAGUUCAGUAUUACACUACUUUGAAAAUUACCAGCAGGAACUUUUUUAAAAAUCGGAAAAUCUGAUUAAUAUUGAAGACUAUUUGAAACAUUUUGUGCCAUAUCAAACACGUUCAGACAAAUCUGCCUUGCUCAGUAAUAAACCAUCUUUAAGGUAUGCAGUGAAGGAUACAAUUCAAAAACUUGCAUCGUUACAGGUGUAGCACAAAAACAUGUUUUGUGCUGCAUUUUGUGGACAAAUAAAAAUAUUUUUUAGCUUUCAGCAUACCCAGUAGUUUAACAAUAUUAACAGCUUUUAGCAGGAAUUUAACAUAUAAUAACAUGUUUACCUAUGUACUAGUGGCUAUAUAGAUGCUGAACUGAGUAGAUCUUAUCGUAAAUGACUUACAUAUAUAAUUACAUGUAUAUUUAUACAAAUAUCCAGCUUCCUUGUGCCCUCUCAAACCAAAGCGUAGGUAGAUUAAGAUUUUUCGAUGUUCUAAAAGUUACCCUUAAGCCAUUCUCUUGGAAAUAGCCAAUAAUUACAGCCUACUGGGUUAAUCCUAUCUCUGUAAUAACUGAUGUACAAAUGUCGCUGUGCAUUUUCACACACACACACACACACACACACACACAGUCAUUAAUAUUUACUGAGGAGAUGAUCAGUAAUGUUCCUAACAAAGCCUCUCAUGUAGCGCACUAUUGCCAAGAAGUUCACAAAGCCGUCCUCUUGUCCGUGAUUGUCCAUCAGAAGCUUUGCUCAUUGUUUGCUCUUUGCAAGUGUCACAUUCCUUUAAUAUAAUGACACAUCAGAGACCCCAUGGAUUAUAGAAGUAAAUGUUCUUGUCUGUAAGUCAAAUUUGGUCUUUCUUUUUCCCUCAGCUCUUCAGAACUACUCCAAGUGCACACAGUCAAAACUAUAAACUAUGUAAUUUCAUCUUGUCAGCUUAUGACAAAGCCAUGGAUGCCUUUUGUGUAGUUUAACACUUAGAUUAUUUUGUAGUAGACCAUUCAGAUGGUAACCAUGAUAAAAAGAGGAACAUUCUAAGCAUGAUCUGAUUUUUCCAUGUUAAUUUGUAGUUCCAGUUCUAAUUUACCUAUGAGCGGUCAUUAAAAAGCAGUUUGUGUGUUUGUGUGUGUGUGUGUCUGCCUCACUCACCCCUUUUCCAGCUAUGCUUUUUCAUGUCUCUGUUAGUUUGCAUAUUUUAUUUUCAUAAAUAUUUGCCAUAUGUCCCUUCAGCAGGUUGCAAUUUAGCCUCUUCCUGUUGUAACAUAUUUUCUAAAGUAGAAUUAUGUAUUGAUGUGUUUCGUGUCCAGUAAGCCUUGACACAUCUCACAAGUCAUGAAACAUGCUCUUUCACUCAGUCAGUGGUUGAACAUUUAGUCCACCCUAUGCAGAAUGCUGUCUUUAAUAGCGCUGAAUAGCAGUGAACAUUUACAAAAUGAAAUCUAUUUAUAUUUUUUCUAUAUAAAUAGAUAAACAAGGCAUUAUAAGAAUAUGUUGUACUUUUCCAUCAUCACCAUUUGCUGUUAUUAAUAAUAAAUAAAUAGAUUUCAGUGGUUUGCUUAACAGCGUGUGUGUGUGUGUGUGUGUGUGUGUGCGCGUGUGUGUGCUUGCUUGUGUGCGCGUGUGUGUGUGUGUGCUCCAUGCUGUCUCUAGGUUUUACUAUACUCUCCUGCUUGACUUUUUUUUUUUAGCCCU